AUGGCUUGUAGACUCCAAGAAAGUGUCACCAGUGGAAGCAUAACCUGCAACGGAAAACCCUUCUCAAAACAAGUGAAGCAAAAUAUGGGUUACGUUCAUCAGAAUGAUGUCUUCUACCCUCAUCUAACAGUCAGUGAGACCCUUGUUUUUACCGUUCUUCUUAGCUUGCCGAAUAACCUCUCCAAAGAAGAAAAAGACUCACAUGUUGAGGCCAUUAUGGAAGAGCUUGACCUGACCCAUUUUAAGGACACUAUAAUGGGAGGGCCAUCUUUAAGAGUUGUUUCAGGCGGAGAAAGGAAGAGGGUACGUAUAGCUCAAGAGCUUUUGACUAACCCAAGUCUGUUACUGGUUGAUGAGCCUACUUCAGGUCUUGACUCAACUACAGCCAAAAAGAUAGUGUUAUCACUGUGUGAGUUAGCAAAAGGUGGAAGGACCAUCGUCCUGACUAUCCACCAACCUUCUAGCAAGCUAUUUUACAUGUUUCAGAAGGUUUUGCUGUUAUCUGAUGGUUAUAGCCUUUACUUUGGGAAGAGAGAACAUGUGAUGGAUUACUUCUCCAACAUUGGAUAUGUAGCCAUGAAUCCUUCGAAUUUCAUACUUGAUCUAGCAAAUGAUAAGUAUAUUUCAAAUUUUUAA